AUGAUGGCCAAGGCUGAAAUUCAGCCGCAGACCGGAGGACCGCUGGAGAAGGCAGACCAGCCCGAUUCCUCUUCCACCGAGGGCCCUCUAUCAGGGGACAACACCGACACGAAGCGAGGCAAAGAUGCCGUCUUCAUCGAGCCUGUCCGUACCGUCACCGGGGUUAAUGUCCCUGUCUUUGAAGCGGGUAGUGCUCUCUGCAGCGCGGCGUCAAACAUGACCAGCCUCAUCGUCGGGCGUGCGCUGUGCGGGCUCGACGGUGUUGGUAUGUAUCUCGGAGUGGUGGUCCUCAUCGCAGCGACCAUGACGAUUCAGGAGCGACCUGCGUAUCUCGCUAGUAUUAGGAUUACCCGUGCCUGUCUAUCUCUUCAUGCUCCUGACCCUCAGCCUGGCGUGACCAUCCUGCAGCGACUCGUCGAGAUCGGCUGGAUCGGUGCUCCGUUGAUGCUCGGCUCCAUCGUCUGCUUCACUUUGGGCAUCUCUCGAGCUCAUCGCCUCUCGCAGUAUUACCACACCAUCAUCCUCAUAUUCUGCAUUACGGCGGCCGGGGGCUGCGCCAUUUUCGUGCCGGUGUACCUUGUUCCCAUCUUCUUCCAGUCCACGAGAGGUGACAGCGCCAUCAACGCGGCUGUCCCCCUGCUUCCGUUCAGCCUAGUCAUGGUCACCGUAACCCUAACGCAUGACGGCAUGCCAUCGCAUCCGUCCGGGAAGUUCGGGCUGUACAUGCCCACAGCCUGGAUCUAUGGUGCCUCAGCCAUGCUCGUUGCUGGCGUGGAGACUUUCCCACAAGCGGGCUUCUCGAUUGCCCAGGCCAGCGUGCCGGCACCCAAGGCUGCUGUUGCGUCCUUUUUGAUUCCUUUGGCGCAGACGAACGGUAUCAACAUCGCGCUGGCAGUCAGUAACGCCGUGUUUCUGAACAGAGCUGAGAAGCGGCUGACUGCGAUUCUCCCGGACACUGUCACGGAGGCCCAGAUCCAGGCUGCGAUUGCUGGUGUCGGGACGGACUUUGUCACGACGCUGUCUCCGCGGAUGCAGCAGGAGGUUCUCGAGGCUAUCGUCGAGGCUCUGAAUCUGCCUUAUAUCUUGGUCGUCACUGCUGGGGCACUUGUCUUGGCCGGCAGUGUUUUGAUGAAGAGGGAACGCUUGUUGAUGCCGGCUGAUGUAGGAGUUUGA